GCCAAUCCAUCAAUUUCGUGACUCACCCUCUCUAUCAACCCAACCAAUUCUCCUCAUUCCUCCUUCUUCAUCACUUUUGCCCAAUUUCUAGGGUUUUCUAAAACCCAAAUUCUGCUCAUAAAAUUGACAGAAAUCCUUCUCCAUCAACUCGAAAUGACUCUAAUACUCAUGGGUUCGUCAAGAAUUGAUUAGAAUGGAGCAUAUUGCCUGUUGCAAGCUAUGGUGAAGUACAAAGUUUGAGCAAAGAAGAAGACAGCUUGGUUCUACUCUAUAUUUGGAGGAAACAGCUCUGAGAAGCAGCCAUGGUGAGGAGAAAAAUUGCUGGAGUUGACCACUUCCAAGUGGUUGACCGUAGCAUUGAUGGAGAAACAGAAUUCAGAAAGUGGGAUAUGACAUAUGAGCUAUGUAUUCUCUCUGAAACCGGUCCAGUUCCAGAGCCUAGACCAGAAGUUGCCGGAGUUGAAGUUCCCCCCACAUUUCAUAGGGUUGUUAGAGGCAGCAUUGGGAAGAAGAGAGUGGAAAGAGUUAUUGUUAUGCCUCUGCCAGAAGGAUCAAAACUUCAGAUGAUGGGAGACUAUGUUCAAGCCACAAUGGACGCCUUUGACGAUCCAAUGGAGCUGCCAUCUGAGCACCAAAGCUGCAGCAGUCAUGUACCUCCACCACAAGCCAAAGAAAGUGCCAAAACCAAGCCGGGAGAGCCACCAUUGAAGCGAACACGUUCCAGCAACAAUGUACCUCAACCGGAAAGAAAACAGAAGGCUAAAGACAACAACAAGAAGUCACCAUCAAAGAGGCAAGCUCCCUCACAACCUACAGCCCAACCGAGAAGCAAAAAGGUCAAAACUACUACAAAAUCAAAAUCGGCAGCAACAAAAAGUGGAAUAGAUGUCUCAGCAACCUUCGGUAAACCUCUCAUUCCUCCUGAACAUAUGGAGAAAUACAAGAUUCUUCUUGCUCGGCCGGUAAUUCCCUCUCAAUUUAUGGAUAUGGAUGUGCUGAAAAUUACUAGAAUAGAGGAGAAUGUGUUGCAUUACUUCAAGAAUAUGGGAUGGCCUAGAUUCCAAGAGAUGAGAUUUCCUACUUAUGAGAAAUUGACAAGGGCGUUUCUAGCUACAUUUGUCUUUCAUAAAGAUGGAAUCAACAGCAGGUUUCAGUUUUCUUUGGGAGGCAAACAAUUUGAGUUGUCCUUGAUCCAAGUACACAAGGCUUUGCUAUUUGAUGGGGCAGCAACAACAGAACCUGAGCUUCCUUAUGAUGAAAAGGCUUUUUGGAGAACAAUUGCAGAUGAUGAUAACGAGUUCUACUCACAAAAGACAAGAAGAAAAACCAUUCGAGAUCCUGCUUUGGUGCUGGUACAUGAAUACCUGUGUCGGACAGCUUUGGGUCGUGGUUCUGACAACCCCGGUGUACACAAUACCGACCUCCGCUUCCUCUACAGUUGUGUCAAGAAGAAGCCACUAAAUUUGGGCUAUUGGUUGGGAGUUCUCCUUGGAGAGCAAGCUUCAAAAGGAUCAAAGGGCAACAUUAGAUUUGGAGGAAUCAUUACUGCUAUAGCCCAAACUUAUUGCGGAUUUCCAAAGAAUCCAAAUGGCAUAGACAAAUGUGAGGGAGCCAUAGUAAUCGAAGAAAGAACUCUAUCCAAUAUGAACUACAUAAGAAGAAUCACAUCAAGAGGAAGGUAUGUAUCGAUACCUGAGUUCAAAAAAAUCAAGGAAGAGAAAGCAAAAGCCAAGACGGAGAAAACCACCACCAAGGAGGCAACAGAAGAAGAUGAUUUGGCUGCUGCCCGUGCAAUAGAAAUCCUAGCAGCCGCUGCCAGCACCUCAGAAGCAUCUUCAAGGACUCCCCAAGCUGAUCCAAAUCGCUCCACAAGCACCCCAACACAAGGCACUCACCCGGGGGACAUCAUUGCUCACCUACAACAACAACUGGAGCAACAAGAUCAUAAGUACCAGCAGCAACAACAACAAAUCAACAUCCAGCAUCAAUUUAUUCAGAAAAUGUCCGAGCAUCUCAAGAAGAGUGGAAUUGAUUGCCCAAGCAACCUUCCACCACCUCCCACCUCAUCCGCCUAGCAUUUGUCCCGAGGUUUUUCAUCUUUCCCUCUGCUUACUUUUUCAUUUUUGUGUUAGCAUGUUUAGAGUCUAGGUACAGAACAUUAGGGACAAUGUUCCAUCCUAAGUGUGGGGUGGAGAGUUUUAGUUUUAUUUAGAGUACGUAUUGUACAUAAUGUUUGGUGAAUGUGAGUCGUUCCCACUUGUUUGAGGUGUUGUGUCUUGAACUUGAUAGGGUAGAAUGUCGUUGCUUGGAAUGAUUGUGUGAAUGGUUUGUGAACUUAUUAUGCUUCGGUGUAUGAAUCUGCCUCUCGGUUAUCCCAAGUUAACCUUGAAAUGCAUAACUUGUGUUUGCAUGUAGGAUUGCCUGUUUCACAUGGUGUACCCUCGUAUUAAAAUUCACUCACUAGAAUUGAAUUGUGCCCGAACUUAGGUAAAAUUGAGUAUAACUUGUAUAGAGUAGGGUAUGGCAUCUAGUAGCCGUGAGUUUGAACCUUCAAUGUCAAUUUCCUAUUGUGUGAAGUUUUUCAUUACUUUGUGUUUCGGUAAUCUUGAUCAAAAUCACGAAUGGAUUGUGUUGUAUGUAUGCAAGCAUAAACGAUAGAGACAAUUAGUACAACUCGAGCCAAAAAGCCUACCCUAUCAUUGACAACUAGGAUCAACCUCUUUGAGACUUGACCUUGUUUUUUCGGUUCGAUCACACCUCUCACCUUUACCCUUUUCUUGUAUUCCCCCGUUGAACCCUUCUCGCGAGGAAUGAGGUCCUUUGUGUGAAUAUAGUGACCCAUUUUCAUUUUCAUUGUCUUGUAAAUAAAGUUGAUGUUCUAAG